AUGGCAACAUUUCAAGUUCAAUUCUUACUCAUGGUCCUAGUGAUCCUAAUGAUGAUGAUAGCCUCUUUUACUCUUGCUAUCCGAAUCCAUGGACUUUCUAUCAAUAGCAACAACAAGAAUCCACAAACACCUAUUUCCGAUAUAAAAACAACAACCUCCCAACUCACUCCCGGUUUUAUUUUCACUCUCCAACAACGAUCUCUCAAUUAUAUGGCUCAACAACUUACUCCCAAAAUUCAACGUGAAUUGAGUGAUCAUUUAAACAUUCCGGAUAUUGAUCAAAAUGUGGAUACUCCCGUUGGACACGUUCAAUUUCAAGUACAGAAUAUUCAAGUGAGUCAAUUGAGCUUGCAAACUCCGAGUGUGGUGAUUGGAUCGGAUCAGACUUUGAUGUUGAAUAUUCCUGGAGUUCAUACUCAUAUGCAAGCAGAUUGGCAUUAUCGUAAGACUCAUUGGCCUCAUGUUUCUGAUCAUGGAUCUGUAGAUGCUGAUAUCACAAUUUCAGUAUCGAUUGGAGUGAAAAUUUCAAUUGUUGAUGCAACUCAUUGUACAGCACAAGUGACUAGUGUACAAGCCUCCUUUUCUGAAUUUAACUUGAAAAUGCAUGGAGGUGCUAGUUGGCUCUACAACUUUUUCAUUAAGAAUUUUAGACAUUCUAUUGAAAACGAUGUGAUCAAGCAAGUAGAUGUAGAUGUUGCUCGUGCAGUGAAUACUGCUCUUGCCAAGGCACUUGAUACAAUCUCUUUACAACAUGAUUUGGGUCAUGGAAUUGUUGUGGAUUAUUCAUUGAGAAGUUUGGAUUUUUUGGCGUCAGUGCAUAUGGCUGUUGGAACUACUGGAUUGUUUUAUAUUCCAGGAAAACCAGUGUAUUCAAAUGAACCAACUCCAAUGAGUGACAGUUUGGGAAGUGACAAGAUGAUUGAGGUUUUUAUUAAUGAAUUUGUGUUAAAUUCGGCCAUGUUUGCGAGUAGCCAAGCUGGAAUUUUAAAUGCCUUAAUUACUCAAAAACACAUUCCAUCUACUUUUGAUUGGGUUUUUAACACAAGUAGUUAUCAAACUUUGAUUCCAGGAAUUUAUGCAAUUUGUAGUAAUUGUGAAAUUCAAAUUACAAUUUCGAAUGGAAUUGCUCCAGUUCUAACCUUGGAUCCAAGUGUUGGAAUUGAGAUGAACGCUAACGCCCAAGCCAUCUUCCAAAUCAUUCAAAAUAAUCAAAACAUUGUCAAUGGUUUUGCUUUGGAUUUAAACAUACAGUUGGAUGUCAUGCCGUCACUGGGCCAAAACAACAUCUCGUUUGUAUUCACUUACAAGAAUGCAUCCAUUCAAUUGGCAUACUCCAAAGUGGGUACAUUUUCAGUGCAAUUCUUCUCAAUGGCCAUUGAAGCAGCUCUAAAGUAUGUGGUCGUUCCAGCAGCAAAUAUAGUCGGAACGAAAGGUGUUCCACUUCCACAAAUGAAGGAUUUAACUUUAAGAAAUGCAGAAUUUGGUGUCGAGCAAGGAUAUUUGAGUUUGCGGUCGGAUUUUGUUUAUCAACCAUCCUUCACUCCAAAGAAAAAUUUGCGUUCUCGAAUCGUGUCACCUUAA